AUGGGAACGAUCCCCAGAAAUAUGACGGCAGUACUGGAGUACGAUCUAGUGGACACGUGCAAGGCAGGGGACGAUGUGACCAUAUUUGGUAUUGUGACACAGAUAUGGGAUACUCCUGUAACUAACACGAGGUGCAGUGUGGAGACUGUAUUACAUGCUAACUACAUUCAGAUCCACAACGAACAGAGAUGCAAUCUGGACGUGACAGAUAACGCCAUCUCCCAACACUACGCCCACUGGCGGCGUUACAAGGACAGGCCUAUGUCCGGGAGAAACCUCCUUCUGGCCUCAUUCUGUCCGGACGUUUACCAGCUCUAUAUUGUCAAGCUGGCCGCAUUCCUUGUUAUUCUGGGUGGAGUGACCCAUAUGGACGGACGAGGAAGCAAGGUGAGGGGCGAGUGUCACAUGCUAAUGGUAGGGGACCCAGGGACCGGCAAGUCCCAGAUCCUAAAGUACGCCAGCAAGCUCUCACCCCGGUCAGUCAUCACAACUGGUAUUGGGUGCACUAAGGCAGGACUGACUGUGGCUGCUGUUAAAGAGGGUGGAGAGUGGGCUCUGGAAGCUGGAGCUAUGGUACUGGCUGACGGUGGGGUGUGUUGUAUAGACGAGCUGAGCUCUAUCAGGGAGACAGAUAGGGUGGCUAUACACGAGGCCAUGGAACAACAGACUAUCAGUGUUGCUAAAGCUGGACUGGUGUGUAAGUUAAACACAAGAACCACCGUGCUGGCAGCUACCAACCCACGAGGCUCCUACGAUAUCACCCAGCCCAUCUCCGCUAAUGUUCCUAUCGGCACCCCACUUCUCAGCAGGUUUGACCUGAUAUUAGUGUUGUUUGACGACCACACGCCUACCUGGGACAGUCUGGUAGCGGGAUAUUUGCUGAAGGAGCAAGCUGUUAUCGAGGAGAACAAUAUUCUCAAAAACUAUACGGCGGACACACUGUGGAGUUUCACAGAACUACAACAAUACGUCUCACACGUGAAGAGUCUGACUCCCAAACUUACAAAACCAGCUAAAGAAGUGCUGGGAAGGUAUUACAGACUUCAGAGGGAACAGAUCUCACGCAACGUGUCCCGAACUACUAUCCGCAUGUUGGAGAGUUUAGUUAGGUUAUCACAAGCGCACGCUAAGCUGAUGAUGCACGAGAGAGUGGAGUUAGAGGACGCUAUAGUUACCAUAUCCCUGGUUGAGUGCACCAUGCUCAACUCUUCCCUCCUCGGGAGUGUUAGUGUCCUUCACUCUGUCUUCCCUGCUCAGCCUGAACUGGAGUUCAACAAACAGAAGACACUGGUACUAGAAGUACUGGGACUACCUCCUAACUACGGUGAGAGCAAUGAGCCUGCACCACAAACAAUAGCACCCACCAGACGACGAGGCCCUGUACUGGAGACUGAUGACCUGGUAGAGGUCCCCUCAUUCCAUGUCAAUACCCAGGAACUACGAAAAGAGUUAGACCGUCAAGAAAAGAAGCGCGCUCCGAUCCCUACCCAGUCCCUGAUUAACGGAGACACCAAUCCUGAGUCAAAAGUUCCUCAAAAGAUUGUCCACAAACAGAAAUUUAUGAUGAGGAUUCAAUGUUCGAGUAGUAUAGAGUUUGAAGUGGAGCCAUGGAAGAGGAAAACAGCCGGCCAUCUGAAAUUCCUGAACGAGGGACUUGGACACGGACAGGAUCUGAGCUGA